AUGUAUUUGUUUGUUCUUUUGCUCUUCAUCUUGCCUGGCUUUGGCCUUGAGCUUAAUUUGGUUCCUCCGCCUCAAAACGUCCCAAAGCCUUCCGUGAGAUUUACAAAUUCAGACGACAUCAACCUCAGCCUCUUCAAAAACCCUGGAAAUGUCAUCAAGUUGCUUGACCAGGCAAAAAAAUCUUAUGCCUACGACAAUGAGUACGAAAGCUGGUACUCCUAUGAGUUCUUAGGGGAUGUGGAUAUUAGUUUGCUUAAUACAACCUACCCUGCAACCGACUGUCUAGACAACACUGCAGGUGGGAGUGGUCUGGGUAUCGAUCUAAGCUAUGAGGUUGGGUUACUCGUUACCAACUCAAUUGAACCACUGGCAUCCAUCACAAUGUACACCUUUACCUUAGCAGCGAUGAUCGGAAUGGAGGUAGGUCCUUCAAAAACAUUCUCUGGAUCUUUUACUUGUGGAGUGGAGAAAGGUAUGGUUGGUCAAUUAACUUUGCAGCCAUUCUUAGUAACGACACCUGCAAUCAGACGUACAAAGGUAUCCUUCUCUGGGGGUGGCUUGGUAGAAGAGACUGAAGACGAUAAUGUGGAUGAUGAUUACACCAUUGCCCCAAUGAACCUUCUUGGUGAACGACUUCCUGCGCACCUUCACUGUGUUACAGGAGCCUCUCAAUACGACCCAAAUUUAAGGUGCUUCGAACAGAAGGAAUUCGUAAUCAACCCAAAGGAUAUCUAUUGA